CUCUCUUCUCCUUUUAUCUCUCCACCUUCAACUUGAACAAUUAUCACCUUCCACCACCAUAACAGAUCCACCCCACCUUCGUCGGAAAAACGCCCCAGCAUAACACAUCCACCACGCCGCCACCACCUCACCCCGACAUCGCCGGAAAACCCACCACCACCGUAACACCUCCACGCCGUAACAGCUUCCACCACCUCCAUUAUUCGCUUGCCGACAGCUCGUCUUCUACAUUCUCAGGCGUCUUUGCAGGUCCACCGCAAUAAGACGCACCAGUGUAGAUUUGAUAGGGAUGAAAAGUAGUAAGUUUAUUUAUUUUUAUUUAAUAAUAAGAGAAGAGAUUGAUUGAUUGAUCUUCCCUAAAAUAAAAAUAAAAAAGCGAAGUUUCCGAAACCCUAAUUGGACCGCGAUGAAUGUAUAAAUAAAAUAAAGAUAGGAGGAAUGAUCAAUGAAUUAAUAAUAAAAUCAUAAAGAAGAAGAGAAGAGAAGAGAAGAGAAGAUGCUACGGCUCGCAAGAUUAUCUAGUCGGUACUACGCCGGAGGAGCUUCUAACAUCCGAAGUUAUGCUGCUGCUGCUGCUGCAAAAGAAAAGAGCACCUUGAUGUCGUCAAUAUCAUUGUUUAUGGAUAACGGCUACAUGAGUUUGAAUAUGCCUGCGGUGGAGAAGAGGGAGAGUGACGAUGGCAACACCACCUGUGUCGUCCUUAAUAUUCCUGGACUCAAGAGGGAGGAUUUUGCCACGGCCACAGCACGCGUCGAAGAUGACUAUUUGCUCUUGCAAGUCAGAAAGUAUGAACCUAGACUACUCUUCUACAACGCCUUCGUUGUCUUGCCCCCCGACUCUUCUUCUACUAUCAUCAGCACGGAGAUGCAGGACGGCUUGCUUAAGGUCACCCUGCCCAAGCUCAAACACUACAAGCCUAGUAUCCUCCAACGUUUCUAUUGGAUAUUGGACCAACGUCUCCUCGCUAGCCUUCCCAAUGUUGCUAUGUCGUGCUUUGCUCGCCCAUUUAUGGUCUACAAAUAUUGCUCACGGUACUCUGAUUCAUUCACAAUCUAUAAGAAGGCCACUGCUGGAAGCCUACACAUGCGCAUAACGCCUGGAAUCCAUAACAUGGACUGUGAUGUCCCCGGAGGAGGCGUAUGCGUAUCCUUAAACAUGCCUGACGUCAAGAUAGAGGACGUCAAGUCCUUUUUUAGACACGACACUUUGUUCAUCCAAGGGAAAACAAAGACCGCUUACUAUGCCACAGGCAUACGCUUACUAGAGGGCAACUCCCUCGGGGGUAUCAUCAAGACUGAGAUGCAAGAUGGAAUCUAUAAGGCCACUAUUGGCUUUGUAGGCUAUCAGCUUCCUCUUUGGAGAAGACUCGUAAUCAAAUUAUGUCAUCGAUUGAGUUCUAGAUUUUCAUCUUCAUGUAACUAAUUAAGAAUUGAAUUUAACUUUGAUCUUCAUGGACCAGAUCCAAUUGUUAUUGAAUUCUGUUUCUCACUUUCACUUGGGUUGACCAGAGACACAUUCGGUUCAAA